GUCCUGUCCCUGCGCAUCGUCUCUCGCCGACAGCGCGCUGACUCGUGGCUCUCGGGCUAGAACUUGGCAGGCUCCAGCUCGACCUGCGUGCCCCCAGCCCAGCCCCCACUCCGAGCUGGGCUUUGUCUCCCCCGCCUCGGCGCCCCGCCCCGCCCGCCCGCCCGCCGGCUCUCCGUUUCCCUUUGUCUGGCUCGGUCUCUCCCCCUCCAUCCCUGGGAUCUUUCCUCGUUGUCCCGUGCUGGCAGUCGGGCCCCGCCACGCCAGUUGACCAGCGGAGGAGGCACGCCGCUAACGCCGCAGGGUACGGCUAGAACUGGUCCUCGCCGCCCCCGCUGCCGCCGCCGCCGCUGCCGCCGCCGCCGAGCCCGCGGCUCCUCCGGGUCCUAGAGCGGCUCGCCGAGGCCCGUGCUUCCGCUUCCCGUCCCGCCCCGCGGCGCUCGGGACGUGGGCCGAACCCCCUCCCGGCGUGGCGUGGAGUCCGUACCCGAGCUGCUGACUGCUAGGUCCCUGUUGUACCGAGGGGAACAGGGCGGCGAGUGCCCUCGGAGUCACCGGGGCCGCGUCCCCGUCGUGGGCCGACGGUGCUGCGCGCCACCCAGCCCUGGGGCGCCGAGCUUCGCGGCGCAGCGGACUUGGAGCGGCUGAGAGCCGUCGGUACAGGUGAGGGCGGCGGGCGGCGCCGCGCUGACAGUUCUAGGGACUGAGAAUAUGGAGGCUUCUUCGGUGGAUGAGUUUGAACAUACACCACAGGAGAGCAAUGGGCCAGAAUUCAAGGAAGAGGAACAGUUAGCCCCAGGUCACGAAGUAGGAAAUGCUUCUCUCAAACCCGAAGGCAUUCAGAGCUGGGAUGACUUAUGGGUCCGCAGAGAGGGACUUGGAAAGCGUCAGCCUCGAGACCCAGUUCCUCGGGUCCUGGGAGAACCCCGGUGGGGACAGGGCAGUAAUGACCGAGCUGCAGUGUGUGGUGAGUGUGGCAAGAGCUUCAGGCAGAUGUCCGAUUUGGUAAAACACCAAAGGACUCACACAGGGGAGAAGCCCUACAAGUGUGGCGUCUGUGGCAAGGGCUUUGGGGACAGCUCAGCCCGAAUCAAACAUCAACGAACUCACACUGGCGAGAAACCCUACAGGGUCCGUCCUCCGGCCCCAGGCCCUCCCAAGAUGCCUCGAUCUCGGAUUCCUGCUGGUGAACGCCCCACUAUCUGUGGUGAGUGUGGCAAGAGCUUCCGGCAGAGCUCUGAUCUGGUAAAACACCAGCGGACACACACAGGAGAGAAGCCCUACAAGUGUGGCAUCUGUGGCAAGGGCUUUGGGGACAGUUCUGCCCGGAUAAAGCACCAGCGGACACACAGAGGGGAUCAGCUCCCCCGCCCAGUGGUCCCCCGACGGCAGCCAUCCCCAGCGGCUCCGGCAGCCCCACACAGACCUAAGGCCCAGGACAAGCCAUAUAUCUGCACUGACUGUGGCAAGAGGUUUGUGCUCAGCUGCAGCCUACUGAGCCACCAACGCAGUCACUUAGGCCCCAAACCCUUCGGUUGUGAUGUAUGUGGGAAGGAGUUUGCACGGGGCUCUGACCUGGUGAAGCAUCUGCGGGUACACACAGGUGAGAAGCCCUACCUGUGCCCUGAGUGUGGCAAGGGCUUUGCUGAUAGCUCCGCCCGGGUGAAGCACCUCCGCACCCACAGUGGCCAGAGGCCUCAUGCCUGCCCAGAAUGUAACCGUAGCUUUAGCCUCAGCUCCACUCUUCUUCGGCACCGCCUCACCCACGUGGAACCCCAGGACUUCAGUUUCUCAGCCUACCCAGUGGUCCCACUCAUCCCCAGCCCACCUCCACCUCCUCUUGGCACCAGUCCCUCACUGACGCCCCGAAGCCCUUCACACUCCAGUGAUGCGACUUUUGGCCUACCUGGCUUGGAACCAGAGCCUGGGGGCCCACAGGCUGGGGAGCCGCCCCCACCACUGGCAGGUGACAAGCCCCAUAAGUGUCCUGAGUGUGGCAAAGGUUUCCGCCGAAGCUCUGAUCUGGUGAAACACCACCGUGUGCACACAGGGGAGAAACCCUACCUCUGUCCUGAGUGUGGCAAAGGUUUUGCUGACAGUUCUGCCAGAGUCAAGCACCUCCGCACCCACCAGGGUGAACGCACUAGACCACUACCACCAUCUACUCUCCUGCGGCCCCAUAAUCCACCUGGUUCUGUACCCAUAGUCCCUCAGUCUCGGGUGCGGGGCCAGCCCUCUGGACCCAGCCAGCUUCAUGUGUGUGGCUUCUGUGGGAAAGAGUUCCCCCGGAGCUCAGAUUUAGUCAAACACAGGCGUACACAUACUGGAGAGAAGCCAUACAAAUGUGCAGAGUGUGGCAAGGGCUUCGGUGACAGCUCUGCUCGUAUAAAGCACCAGCGUGGGCAUCUGGCCUUAAGGCCCUUUGGGGUAGGGGAUGGUCGGCCAACGCCCCUCCCAGAGGAGUCAUCAGCUGGAAUGGAGUGAUGGGAAGUCUAGGGACCAUACUGGAGGGAAGGUAUCUGCUGCUGAAGGCAGAGAAGAGCCUAGGAAGUGGUGGGGGGGAUGAGGAGGAUAAGAAUAGCUAGAAACAGAUUAGAGAUUGUAUAUAACCUUCAUGCUCAGGAAACUGCCUUGGUUAGGUGUUGAGACCUUGCCAGUAUGAGCUGUAUCACAGCUUCUAGAACACUGCCUAGCACAGGUUAGGCCCUCAAUAGUUGUAAAAUUGAUAAGCUGGACUCGAUUCUAAAAUACUACUGCCUCCUGUUUAAGAACAGGCCCCUCAGCUGGACACAGUUGUGUCCAACCUUUAGUUCCAGCACUCAGGCAAAGGCAGGCAGAUCUCUUGAAUUCAUGGCCAGACUGAAUCUACAUAGAGAGUUCUAGGUCAGCCAGAACUCCAUGGUGAAACAAAAAUCAAAAAAAUCUUGAUCCUUUCAACCUUAGUCUGGGAGAGCAGAUUGUUGGAAUUUUAGAUGUCAAGACAAGGUGGGGGCAUCUUGGCCACGCUGAGGGUGAAGUGUUCCAGUGGAGAAUGCAGUUCUCACCUCGGCCUGUGGGUCACUGGACAUGGUUUUAUCCAAGAAGGGCACUUUGGGAAAGAGCUUAUGUCUAUAUGCUUUUGAGGGUCCUUCCCACUCAGACUCUGGGACACUGGUGACAUAGAAGAGCCAGCAGGAGCACUCAGAGCUUCCAGUCUGGAUGCAAAGCCUAGGUCAUCGUGGACAUCUGCAAAGACCAGCCUGCUGAGCAGGGACAGAGCCAGUACAGGCCAGAGAAGCUUCAAAUCUCCACAGCUAAGUGUCUGUCUGUCUCCUUAUUAAUAAAUUGUCCCUUGUCUGAGG